AUGUUCAUCUUUAUCAAACAUGGAGAUAAUCAGCAGUUUCUGGCCAAUACUAAUUGCCCUAUCAUCCUGUUGCUGCAUUAUAUCUGUCAUAAAGUGGGGUUGCCUAAAACAGACACCAUCGAUUUGUGUGAUACAAUGGGGACAAUGCAGUUGUUUUUCCUGAAGAAGACCCUUGGAGAAUAUGCCAACAAAUUCCUUAUAGCUCGAAACACCUACUACGUUUGUAGAGUGGAGCAUGGAUUACCAGGAACUGGACUUGAGAAUGUCUACAGAGCUUUUGUGCCCCUCCUGAAGAACCCAGAACCCGAGCUAAUUGAUGCCUUGCAUACACAAUGUGACCUCCUGCAGAGGAGUCAAAUGAAAAUGCUUAGAAAACAAGCAGCCAAGAAAGCCACUCCAAUUCGAUCGUCAGUGAAACUCCCAGUAAGACUUCCCAAACAUGGUCUGUCCCAGCAACCUCCUUUCCGCCAGUCUACCGAAGGCUCCUCCACCCUGGCCCUCUGGGAUGAAUUUCCUUUCCAAAUCCAACAUCCAUGCCCAAGACCUGCCUCUCACCUCUUUUGUCCUGCCUUCGGCCCUAGUUUGUAG